AUGGAGAGAGAGAGAGCAGAGAGGUUCAAGGGGAAAUGGACGGACGGGGAGGCGGUUGAGAGUGGUGGAGAGGAGUUGGGAGGGAUUGGUGGGAGCGAGGUGAGGGAUUGGGAGGAUGGGAGGGGAAGGGGAGAAGCAGGGUUUGGGGUUUAUGAGGGAGAGGGAAGGGAGGUGAGGGGGAUCAACGGAAAGGUGAAUGGGGUGGCUGGAGGGGAGAGAGGAGGGAAAGUGGAUGUGCUAGUAGGGGGGGAUUGGGAGGGUGUGGGGAGUAUGGGAAGGGGGGAGGGGGCGUGGGGGGACGAGAGAGGGGGUGCUGUGGUGGAUAUUAGUGCAGAGGUAAGGGAGAGGAGGGAGGAGAGGGGGGAAGAGGAAAGGGAGAAGGGAGAGGAAAGCGAGAAAGGCGGGAAGGGAGAGGAGGGGGGGCAGGGGGAGAAGGGAGAGGAGCAGCAGGAGCAGCAGGAGCAGCAGGAGCAGGAGGAGGGGGAAACAGAGGAGCAGAGGCGACAGGCAGCAAUGGCUGAGAUCCGCAGAAGUGCAGACUUGGUAAGACGGCAGGAGAGGGAGGAGAGGGAGGAGAAGGAACGAGCAAGGAAGGUGAGUGCUGAGAUGCAGCGGCUGCUGGUGGAGAGAAGGAGGCGGGGCGAGGUGGUGACGCAGCAGGUGUUGGAUGCGGUGUGGGAGGAAGCGUGUGCGGUUGUGCUGGGUGGAAAGGUGGGAGGAGGGGGUGCGGCGGGUACAGCUGUAGCAGGCAGCGCAUCUGCUGGCAAGAAUUAUGAUGGGGUGAUGGGUGAGGAAGCGGGGAGGGGGGGAGCAGCAGCAGCAGACGGUGCUAAAAAUGGGGGAGAAGAGGGCAGGGGCCAAAGGGAAGUAGGCAAGCAAGAGUGGGAGGUAAAGGGGCAGAGGGAGAGGAAUGUGCAGAUGGGAGUGGGCAGGCAGCAGUGGGAGCUGGAGGACGCAAAGAGAAGAGAGGAGCAGGAGACGUUCUUUGAUGCGCUGAACAAGCUGUAUGAGGAGGAUACUAACGGGGGUAAAGGGGACGGCUAUAAGGAGGACGGAGUGUCUGAGCUGGUGGAGAAUCUGCAGUACGGCCGAGGUGAGUGGCCCCCUGUGGAAGGCUGGCUGACUCAGGAGGAGCAGGAGGCGUUCUUUGAUGCGCUCAACCGGCUGUAUGGGGAGGGGGAUGGCGGCAGUAAGGGUGAUAGCAAGCAGGAUAAGGGAGACGGGCUGACUCAGGAGGAGCAGGAGCAGGAGGCGUUCUUUGAUGCGCUCAACCGGCUAUGGCAUUUCGGUGAGCGACCCCAUGGAUAUGGUGGUGCCACGGAUGAGAGGACGGAAGGAGUGGGGAAGAGAGAUGGCAUUUCGGUGAGCGACCCCAUGGAUAUGGUGGUGCCGCGGAUGAGAGAAGCGGGUGGGGGGGAGAGAAAAAGAGGUGGUUGGUGCGUAGCUUGUUCACCCACCUCCCCACUGCCCUUUCCUCGCUCCCCUCUUAACUGCAGAUGGCAUUUCGACGAGCUGCUAGUGCAGGCGGUUUCACAGUACGUGAAUGCUUCUGACGCAAUCACGUUGAUUGACGAUGGUGGUGCAGAGGAGAGCGAGAGUACGGCUGUGGUUGGUGGGAGUGGGGGAGGGGAGAGAGGGGAGAGUGUAGUGGUGAGCAGUGGGAGUGGGGGAGGGGAGGGGGGCGAGAGUGUAGUGGUGAGUAGUGGGAGCGGGAGAGCGGAUGGGGGAGAGAGUGUGGUGGUGAGUAGUGGGAGUGGGGGAUGGGAAGGAGGAGAGAGUGUGGUGGUGAGCUCGAGUAAAGGCAUGAAUGGGCGCCAGUCUUGGUCCCUGGAAGAGACACAGGCAGGGAGGGCAGGCCGAGCGGUGGGAAGCGGUGAAGAGGGGUGGAGCAACACAAAGCAGUGGGCAGAGGACAUUAGAGCAAGGUAUGAAGAGGAGAGAGAUCCAGAUGCGAAAGAUGUUAUUCAGCAGCUAGGUAAAGACCUCCCCAGGUGGCUCUCAGAGGAAGAAAUUACUUCUGCCCCGACGCUCUCACAGGUUGUAGAAGCAGGGAGGGAAGGGGGCGACCCGAAGCAGCGGGCAGCGGUGAAAAGUUUUCUCGAGAAGGUUCGGGAGGAGAAGGAGAGGUUUGGAGCUGAGGCUGUGGCGGAGAAGUAUUUGGAGCAGGCUCGGGAUGCGGAGGAGGAGGAGGCUCGGCGGAGGGGGGUGGUUCGGCCGGACCUGGAUCGGCUGUGGUGGCUUGACCUGCAGGCAGUGUGGGUCGUGAUGAUAAUGCGUUGGAGUAGCAGCAGUAACGGCACCAGCAGUGAGGGGCAGAGAGUUCAGAGAGUGCCAUACUCCUUCCAGCUCCCCCCUGACUGGGGCUCUUCAACUGCCUACUCUACUGAGGGUGUUUAUAACGGGGAUACUGCUGCUGGGGCAGCUGGAGCAGCAGCAGCAGAAGAUGCGUGGAUAGUGGUGGGGUUUGAAGACGUGGUGGAUGCAGCGCGGUUCAGUGAGGUGCUGAGGGUGUGGCUGCUGGCACACCCAGAGGAGCUGGAAGGGGAAGAAGAGGGGGGGGAGGAUGAGGGGGAGGAGGCGGCUACUGGAGUGGCUGUGGAAGGUGCUGCCAAGGGUGCUUCCAAGGGUGCUUCCAAGGAGCUCUACUCAAGUGCCAAAGAAGCAGGCCAUCGCAUUCUUGUGGAGCUUUACUCAAGCGCCAAGGAGGCAGGGCAUCGUAUUCUCGUGGUGCAGCGGCAGCAGCUGCAGCUGACAGCAAUAGACGAGCCUUUCCCUGACGUGCUGGCUCGGCUGUGUGAUGCUGCUGCUGCUGGGGAGGACAAGAGGAGGGGAACAAGAGGGCCGGCGACGGUUGAUUUGGGACCGUUGAUUGCUCGUGCAGGGAAGAGGGGUGGAGAAUGGAGGCGUGGCUCGUUUGACGACGUCCGUCUGUUGCGAGGCAGCAGCAGCAGAGGGAGCAGCAAUGCAGGAGGGGAAGGAGCAAGGGAAACGAGAGGAGGAGGGGAGGGUGGUAGUGGAGGGGGGACGAAGGGGGGGCGAGAAAAUGUGAUUCACGUGAUGCUGACUAGUAACGGGUCGCCUUAUAUGAACUGGCAAUCGCGGAUCAUGUACUACACGUACCUGCAGGUGGCAGGUCAGCCCGGCAGUGAGAUGAAGCACUUCACUCGCGUGCUGCACCGCUCGACGGACGACGCUCUGAUGGAUGUCAUGCCGACGGUCCGAGUCAAGCCUCUGGACCCCACGUGUGACACGUGGUGCGAGUACCCUGUAGCAAGCCGCCCCUAUGCCAUCCAGCAGUGGCUGGAGUCAGGGGAUGUGAAGGGCGAGUGGAUCUUCAUGAUCGAAACCGACUAUAUCUUUGUCAAGCCCGUGUCCAUCCCCCCAGCAGGCAGGGCGCUAGGGUUCCCCUUUGACUACAUCGCGCCUCAGGACCCCAACCUACUGCCCUUCAUGCGCAGGUACUACCCGGAGCCGUACCGAAUUGAAGACGUCCCAAGGACUGGCAAUGCCCCCACUAUCAUGCGUUAUGACGACAUGAUGCGAGUGGUGCCCAUAUGGGUGAACGUGACAGCAGGCAUCGAAGGGAACGCGGAGAGCAAGGAGCGGUUCGGGUGGGUGCGGGAGAUGUAUGCAUUCUCCAUCUCCGUUGCGCUUGCAGGGGUCAAGAUUGACCUGCCGCCCAUGCCGCAUGCCAUCAUGAGCCAGCCUCCAGCCGACAAGGUGGUGGGCGAUGCUGCUCUGCUGCACUACACGUGGGGCAGCCAGAUCAAGGACUGGAGUGGCAACGUGGUCUGGGAGUUUGACAAGCGCAAGUUCACAGACAGAGGGUUGCCCGACCCUGUGCCAGAGCCCCCUGAAGGAAAGGCAUCAGAGUCCCAGAAGGUGCUUGUAUCGAAAGUCAACGAGGCCAUUAACCACCUGCCCAAGUACACGCUGAGGGAGCUGCGGGAGAUGGGGCGUAGCGAAGCAGAGAUUGGCGCUUAUGAGAAGGAGUGGCGGGCCAAGGGGUAUGUGGAGGGGACGAAAGGAGGAGGGGAAGGAGGAGGAGGAGGGGGGGUGAAGCAGGAGCAGCAAGGGGGCGUGGGGCAAGCAGGGGGGGCGGGACAAGUGAUUGGCGUGGUGCAAGCGAGUGGCGUGGUGCAAGGAGGAGGGGGGGUGGCGAAAGGAGGGGCAGCGGCACAGCAGGAGGUGGCGAAGGCGGUGGUGGUGCCUGGGGAGAUGGAGAAGGGGAGCAUUCAUGCGAUGGUGACGAGUAACGGCAAUGCAUACAUGAACUGGCAGACGCUGCUCAUGUUCCACACAUACAAGAAGGUGGCAUCUGAGCCAGGCAGCAACCUGCGCUUCUUCACACGAGUGCUGCAUCGCACCAAGGAUGACGAGCUCAUGCACCUCGUGCCCACUGUACGCGUGCGACCUCUCGAACCCAAGUGUGACGACUGGUGUGAGUACCCAGUGGCUGAUCGCCCCUUUGCCAUCCAGCAGUGGCUGGAAUCGGGUGAUGUGAAGGGCGACUGGAUCUUCAUGAUCGAGACCGACUACCUCUUUGUCAAGCCGGUCGCCAUCCCUCCAAUGGGACGCGCUGUGGGCUUUCCGUUUGGCUACAUCAUCCCCACCUACCCCUCCAUCCACCACAUCAUGAUUCGCUACUAUCCCGGAGACCUAAAGGACAUUCCUCAGACAGGCAAUGCACCAGUUCUCGCUCCCACUGCUGCACUUGCCCGUGUGGUACCCAUAUGGGUUGACAUCACAGCCCGGUUUGAAAAGGACGAGGAGGCAAAGAAGGACCUGGGGUGGGUGCGGGAGAUGUAUGCUUUUUCCAUCGCUGCUGCGCUCGGCAACAUGCCCAUCGACCUGCCUCUCGUGCCACAUGCCAUCAUGGUGCAGCCUCCAGCCGACUCUGUAUUGGGUGAUGCGGCCAUCAUUCAUUACACGUGGGGCUACGAGUUCAAGGAUGAAGCUGACAAGGUAGUGUGGCGAUUUGACAAGAGAGAUUACACACAGCCUGGGCAAGUACCGCCAAUUCUUGCCGACCCACCGCAAGGG